UACUUAAACAUAGCCCUGCAACAACCUGCUUCACAUUAAGUCUUCAGGUCCUUCUCUCAAAUUCCAGCACUGCAGAAAGAAAUAGCUGAUCAGCAACUGAGUGGAACAUCUGAGAAGUGUUCUUGCUGUAUCACUGUAGCCCACAUAAAGAACCAUGGUCCAGGCUAAGUCAUGGAUUCUGGCCAAGCACUUUGAUGGCUUCCCAAAGAAAAGUGACUUUAACCUUAAGGUGGAGGAGCUCCCUGAGCCCAAAAAUGGAGAGGUCGUUUUGGAGGCCGUUUUUCUCAGUGUGGAUCCUUACAUGAGGCCGUUCAGCAAGCUCUACAUGAAGGAAGGAGACGUCAUGAUUGGAACUCAAGUGGCAAAAGUGAUCCAAAGUAAAAACUCUGCCUUUCCUGUGGGAAGCCAUGUGGUGAGUUCUUGUGGUUGGACGACCCACUCUAUCUCAGAUGGGAAGGACCUCACUCCUGUCAUCUCUGACUGGCCUAAAGAUGUCUCUCUGUCACUGGCACUGGGAGCCAUCGGCAUGCCAGGACUCACUGCCUUGCAUGGGUUGGAAGAUGUUCUGGGUCUGAAAGAAGGUGAAACCCUUCUGGUGAAUGCUGCAGCAGGAGCCGUGGGCUCUGUGGUGGGACAGAUUGCCAAAAUCAAGGGCUGUAAGGUGGUGGGUUCAGCAGGAUCGGAGGCAAAAGUGGCGUUUCUGAAGGAGUUGGGGUUUGAUGAAGCCUUCAACUACAAAACUGUCUCUUCCCUUGAGGAGGCUCUGAGGAAGGCUUCUCCUGAUGGAUACGACUGCUUCUUUGAAAAUGUUGGAGGGGAUUUUUCAUAUGUUGCUUUCCAGCAAAUGAAGUACUUUGGAAGAGUAGCUGUGUGUGGAAGCAUCUCUAUGUACAAUGAUGCCACUCCACAGAUAGGGCCGUUCCCUCACUUGGCCAUAAUGUGGAAAGAGCUGAAAGUAGAGGGCUUCAUGCAGAGCAGAUGGAAAGAUAGACAUCCAGAAAGCUUGAGGAGACUGAUGGGGUGGUACAGAGAGGGAAAACUGCAAUGUCGAGAGCACAUCACCAAAGGCUUUGAAAACAUGCCAGCUGCCUUUAUGGGGAUGCUGAAAGGAGACAACACCGGCAAAGCCAUCAUUGCUGUAUAAUGUGUUUUUAAAAAAUAAUUUAGGACAGCAAAUAAAUGAAUGUAUUUAAGAAAUACACACUCCUUUACCAAAAAUCUUUCAUUAGCAAUGUGGUACCUUUAUAUUCUAAUGGACAGUAAUACAAAUAGAAGCUCUGGCUCCUCAUUUUGACAGCAACAAAAUUUCUGCACAAAUUUGAUUGUGAUUUAUUUUUACUGUAAACAUUUACUUUGCUAAUAAAGUUGUGAUUUUUCAUUA